AUGGCUGACGCGGAGGAGAAAGCGCGUCAGGAAAAGAUUGCCGCCGCAAAGAAGCGCGUCGAGCAACGCAAGAAGAAGAAAGACAAGAAGGCCGCCGAGGUUACCAAGGAUGAACCCGCCGACGAAGGCGCGGCGCCCGACACGACCACCAACGACGACGCCGACAAGGACUCUGCCAUCGAGGAGAAGCCGCUCGUCGACGGCGGCAAGGGCGACGAGUCCGAGCCCGCCGCCGCGCCGUCCCUGGCAGAGCAGUCAAAGGCCAGGUCCACGUCGUUCCGCGCGAGCUCCGUGUCCGGCACCCCCGCCUCGCCCGGGCCGCUGAGCCCGGACGGGGACACCGCGCCGGACAUUUACAGGAAGCACGUCGCGAGGAUCGAGGAGCUGGAGAGGGAGACCAAGCGUCUGCAGAAGGAGUCGUCCGACUCGGAGAAGAGGUGGAAAAAGGCAGAGGACGAGCUCGCGGACCUGCGGGAAGCAGACGACAAGAAGAGCUCCUCCGACGACACGGAGAAACUGAAGAGCGAGAUUGCUUCCUUGGAGCGCCGAAACUCGCAACUCCAGCAGCAAGUAUCGCGCGGCUCCGGCCACGCGCACCGCCCGUCCGUGUCCACCACCUCGCCGCCGCCCACCGCCGCCGCCGCGGCGCUCCAAGCCGAGCUCGACUCCAAGACGUCCACGAUCGAGUCCAUGGAGGUCGAAAUCUCCAAGCUCCGGUCGCAGCUCGAGCGGCGCGCCAGCGGCGCCUCCUCCGAGCGGGAGCAGGUCGCCGCGCUCGAGGACAAGGCCGCGCGCGCCGAGGCCGCCGCCGGCAAGGCCCAGCGCGAGCUGCAGGACGUCAAGCGCAACCUGGAGCGCGCCACGGAGCGCGCCGUGCGCGAGGGCGGCGAGCGCUCCAGCGCCGAGACCCGCGCCGGCACGCUGGAGAGCGAGAUGACGGCGCUGCGCACGGAGCGCGAGGAGCUCGCCCGCAGGGCCGACGGCCUCGAGAAGAAGGUGGCGACGCUGACGACGCUGCACAAGGAGCAGGACGCGCGCGCGCAGGCGCUGCGGCGCGACAAGGAAAAGGCCGAGGCUGACCUCGCGGAGCUCCGCACGCGCGUGGAGAAGCUCGAGGGCGAGAACACGAAGCUCCGCAGCCGCAAGUCCACGGAGAGCGGCGGCGGCGGCCUCGACGACGAGGGCAUGGACGAGCUGGAGAGCGAGGAACGCCAGCGCCUGGAGAAGAAGAUCCGCGCGCUGGAGAAGGAGGUGCACGAGCUGCGCAGCGGCGCGUGGCUGGAGCGCCGACGCGACCUGGAGCCGUCCGGCUUCCAGGACGUGGACCUGUCCGCCUCACCGUAUGGCAACUCGCCGACGCAGCGCAAGAACUCGACGGGCGGCGGCAUCGGGCAGUUCCUCACCAACGGCCUCAACGCGCUCGCCGGCGGGGGUGACGACGACGGGGAAGAGGGGUUCCUGGAGGACGACGACGCCGAGUUUGACGAGGAGGCGUUUCGCAAGGCACACGAGGAGGAGCAGAUGCGUCGCCUGGAGCGCAUCAAGGAGCUGAAGCGCUCGCUGACGCACUGGGAGGGUUGGCGGCUGGACAUUGUUGACCUGCGCCGGGGCGGCGCGCUCGGCGUUGGCGAUAUUUUUGAUGUUUAA